AGGGGGGCACACGUGGUCGGCUCCGACGGAGGAGAGAGGGUCGUUUGGAGGGAGAUCGACGGCCGGGAUGGCCUCGUUUAGGUGGGAGCACACUUGCCGUGACGCACACCAGCGAACCUGCCCCGUCACGAGACGACGCUUCUUCUUCUUCUUCUUCUUCUUCUUCUUCGUAGAAGAAGCAGCUUCUCUUUACUUCUCUUUGCGGAACUCGUUUCUCGGCGUGCGUGAAGAACAACAACGCAGCGGAGGAAGAGGCCGAGGCGGCGUAGCUCAUCAUGGGAUUGCUUGCGAACCUCCCUUCUUAUGAGCGCUCUUGGGUUCUAUUUCGUGUCUUCGUUCUGGUGUUGUAGCAUCAAUCUGGCCCGGAAGCCGUUGCCAUUUUUGGAGGGGCUCUGUUUCUUUGUCGAACUGUACAGGAGAAGAAGAAGAAGGUGGUAAAGCAAAAGAGAAAGGGAGGAGAAAGGCGAUCCCUUUCCCUUUGCCAGUUCUUUCGAUGGCGGAGAUCUGCUGCGGGGUGGUGAGCGAGAGCGAGGCGAACCCGACGUGCAAACCGAGCUCGAGGGCGGCGAGGCGGCGGAGGAUGGAGAUCCGGCGGUUCAAGUUCGUCGGUGGCGGCGGCGGCGGCGUCACCCAUCCUCGAGGCAGCGAGACGGAGAGCGGGCUAAAACGGAGGAAGCUGCUCGACGGCAGCGAGGGCUCUUGCUCCGACGAAGAGAAGCGCGUCGGUGGACGGGGGGACGGGAGAUUGGAGCGCAAGGCUGCGUCCAUCAGCGACGACUCGCUGAGCCUGAUCAGAGCAGCGACGAUGGCGACGGCUGCUUCUGCUCUGAGCAGGACACUGUCCAGCCCGGCUGCUCUACAGCUGCCGAGCGAGUAUCCGAAGUUCGGAGUCUCGUCCGUCUGUGGGAGGAGGAGAGAGAUGGAAGACAUGGUCGCCGUCCACCCUUCCUUUUGCCGCCGGCGCGGCGAGCCCACCACCGAGCUGCAUUACUUCGGUGUCUACGACGGGCACGGUUGCUCUCAUGUGGCAGUGCGUUGCAGAGAGAGGAUGCACGAGCUGAUAAAGGAGGAGCUGGCGGCGGCGAACAAGGAGGAGGGCUCGGCUCCGACGGGGUGGAGGGCCGCGAUGGAGAGGAGCUUUCGCAAGAUGGACGAGGAGGCGAUCGCGUGGAACGAGGGCGCCGCGGCGGCGGCGGCGGCGUCGCACGAGAGGUGCAGGUGUGAGCUCCAGUCGCCGGAGUGCGAGGCGGUCGGGUCGACGGCCGUCGUCGCCAUCGUCACCCCCGACAAGAUCGUCGUCGCCAACUGCGGCGACUCCAGGGCGGUGCUCUCGCGCAAGGGCAAGGCGGUUCCUCUCUCCUCCGAUCACAGGCCGGAUAGGCCGGACGAGCUGAACCGGAUCCAAGAAGCGGGCGGUCGGGUCAUCUACUGGGGCGGGCCUCGGGUCCUCGGAGUUCUCGCAAUGUCAAGAGCCAUUGGCGAUAAUUAUCUGAAGCCGUACGUGAGUUGCGACCCGGACGUGACGGUGAUGGAACGGACAGCGGACGACGACUGCCUGAUCCUCGCGACCGACGGGCUCUGGGACGUGGUCUCCAACGACUCCGCGUGCGGGGUGGCGAGCAUGUGCCUGAGGGGGAAGAUCCCCGUGCCACCGGAGGAUGCGGCGGCGGCGUCGGAGCCCACGGCUGCAGGGACGGGCAGGGCGAGGCCGGACAGGGCGUGCUCGGACACGUCGCUGCUGCUGACGAAGCUGGCGCUGGCGAGGCACAGCACGGACAACAUCAGCGUGGUCGUAGUGGAUCUCAGGAGAUCUUGCUAGCACGGAGAGCUCUUUCCUUCCGUUGCUUUUAUGGCAAAAUUAAAAUCAAGAUCCGAAAUUUGUUAAUGGAAAGGGGAACAGAAUUAAGUUCUUGUCUGUAAUUUUGCCGGGUGAUGAAGCAAAUGAACUAACUUAGUAAAUCACGAAAUGGGGAAUGAGGUGGUUGGCGAUCUACUGCUUAAUUA